AUGUCGACAAAACUGUCAAAACCGUUAUCACCGGGAGAUGUGAUCACUCAAGACAUGCCUAUCAUUCAUGUCCUUUUCAAUAAAUCCAAAGACAAAUAUUGUGACAAUUGUUUCAAACAAUCGGAUCAAUUGAAGAGAUGCGCGAAAUGUCUUGAAAUGCAUUAUUGCGGUAAAGAGUGUCAGAAGAAUGACUGGAAGUAUCACAAGAAUGAGUGUCCACUCCUUCGGCAGGAAAUACCAGAACUGCUUCUUUCCAAUGAUUACCUCAGAUUUUGGGUCCGAUUCUAUCUUUCGGUCAAAAAGAUCCCAACGUUUGCCACAGAAAAGCAUCGAUUGAUUGACGGAUCAAAUGUCAGUCUCAAUGACAUCAAAGUGGAUGACAUUUACUUUGAGGCCAUUAAUAGGCAAAGACUCGAGUUUGAGAUUUCGCACAAAGUGUUGACCGAAUUGGGUGUCCGUCACAAACUCGAAGAAGUGAUACAUUGGGUGUCAUUCCUCUACACCUGCUAUCCAUUGAUUCCCAUGCGAUCCGUUGGAUCCGUUGAAUCAAUUACUAAUUCAAUAGGUAUUGGACUAUACCUUCAGCACCGGUUCAUUAGACACAGCUGUCAACCCAACAGUGCUCUCAUUUUUAAAGAUCUAUCGCUACAAUUGCGGGCAAUGAGACCGAUAGCCGCCGGCGAAGAGAUCACUAUUACUCGCGCAGCCUUACAGUGGAACCGAACGGAUAGACAAAAUGACCUCAAAGAGUGGUCAAUAGUCUGCGAGUGCGACAAAUGUGUCCACCAUUUGGACCGUGACGUCGAUUAUCAACGCUUCCAAACCUACGAUCUCUUUCCCGUUCAUGUGUUCACAUUUGGUACACAAUUCAUAGAUCACGUGAACAAACUGUUGACUGAUUUGGACAUAAUGUACGGCGAGUUUCAUCCAAUGAAGACAAUGUAUUUGAAUCUAAUUGUCCUAAAUGUACACAACUGUCCGCUAUUAACAAAAUCGCUGUUAAAUGAAUUGACGGUCAAAUUGAUGAAAGCCAUUGACAUUACAUGUCUGGCCGACGGCCCGCUUAAGGAUUAUUUAAUGGAUACCUUUCAUUUGAAGAGAUGCGCGAAAUGUCUUCAAAUGUAUUAUUGCGGUAAAGAGUGUCAGAAGAAGGACUGGAAGUAUCACAAGAAUGAGUGUUCACUCUUUCAGUACGAAAUACCAGAACUGCUUCUCUCCGAUGAUUGGCUCAGACUUUGGUUCCGAUUCUACCUUUCGGUCAAAAAGAUCCCAACGUUUGCCACAGAAAAGCAUCGAUUGAUUGACGGAUCGGAAGUCAGUCUCAAUGAUAUUAAAGUGGAUGACAUUCACGUCGAGGCCAUUAACGGGCGAAGACAUGAGUUCGAGUCAUCGCACGAAGUGUUGGCCGAAUUGGGUGUUCGUCACGAACCGGAAGAAGUGAUACAUUGGGUGUCAUUCCUCUACAGUUGCGAUCCAUUGUUUCCGAUAUUAUCCGUUGGAAGUGGUGGCGAACCAAUAGGUGUUGGACUAUACCUUCAGCACCGGUUCAUUGGACACAGUUGUCAACCCAACUGCGCCUAUAAUGGCAACGACGAAGAUCUAUCGAUGCAAUUGCGGGCAAUGAGACCGAUAGCCGCCGGCGAAGACAUUACUCUCAAUUGCGUGCCGUUAACGUUGAACCGAACGGACAGACAAAAUGCGCUCAAAGUGUGGUCAAUAGUCUGCGAGUGCGACAAAUGUGUCCACCAUUUGGAUCGUGACAUCGAUUAUGAGCGCUUCAAUCCCUUACAAAUCGGUAAUCUUUUUCCCGAUCGUGUCCUCACAUCCCGUUCCCAACUCAUGGCUCACGUGUGGAAAUUGUUGACCGAUUUGGACAUAAUGUUCGGUGACUUUCAUCCAAUCAAAACCGUGUUUUUGAAUGUAAUUGUUCUCAAUGUAUACAAUUGUCCGCAUUUGACGGCAGCGCUAUUGAAUGAAUUGGAGGUCAGACUAAUCAAAGCGAUUGCGAUCACAAUUCCGAUCGACGCUACGAAUAGGGGUUUUUUCGAUCAUACCUUUCAUAUCUUGCAAUUCUCGCCAAAUGUUUUGCGUUUGAAAAAUUCACUCAUUCAGCCAUCGUUUCCCACACAAGACAUUGUCUCACAAUUGGAUCCAAUCAUACAAUCAGUGGUAAAAAUGUCACCAAAACUGUCGAAACCGUUAUCACCGGGAGAUGUGAUCACUCAAGACAUACCACUCAUUCAUAUCCUGUUAAUAAAAUCCAAAGGCAAGUAUUGCGACAAUUGUUUCAAACAAUCGGAUCAAUUGAAGAGAUGCUCGAAAUGUCUUCACAUGUAUUAUUGCGGUAAAGAGUGUCAGAAGAAUGACUGGAAGUAUCACAAGAAUGAGUGUCCACUCUAUGGACACGAAAUGCCAAUAUUGCUUCGCACUAAUGAAGGGCUCAGACUUUGGUUCCGAUUCUAUCUUUCGGUGCAAAACAUCCCAACGUUUGCCACAGAAAAGCACCGAUUGUUUGACGGAUCGGAAGUCAGUCUCAAUGAUUUCAAAGACAAAACCAUUGUUUUAAAUGUAGAUAAUUCUGAAUUUAAACGCAUUGCCAAAGUUUUCAUGAAAUAUGGGAUCAAAUACGGACGCGAAGACCUGGAAGAAUGGGUCGCUUUAAUGAAUGGGCGCUGGUAUCUCAUCCAAUACGGACGACCCGGUUAUGUGGAUUCUGUGGCCACCGGUCUAUACCUCCAGACCUCAACAUUGAAACACAACUGUCGGCCCAACAGUUGUUGUAUUUCCAGUUUCAAUGGACAUGUGAUUGAGUUGCGGGCCAUGAGAUCGAUAGCUCCGGGAGAGGAGAUUACCAUAAGUCGUAUGGAUUUGAUGUUAAAUAAAACGGAUCGACAGAAAGCGUUGAAAUCAAUAUCCAUAGACUGCGAGUGCGAGAAAUGUGUGGCCAAUACGGAUCGAAACUUGGAUUACCUGCGCCUACAGCCGGGCUAUAUUCAGGCCAGUCGAUCACCACUGGAUCCCCUGUACCGCGAAGUGAUGCAAAUGACGUCCGACGCGUUGCGUGUGACCAGUGGUCAGGGCUGUCCAUUUCAGGAUUAUUUCAUGCAAAAUGUGUUUUAA